AUGGAAGAAAUUACAUCUGGAAUACCAAGUACCUCUGUAAUGAUGGCAGCAGCCAAAACAAUGAUGUCGAAUGAAUAUAUUCGAUUUGAAUUGCAUUUGAAAAAUGGACGUUUGGACCACUCUUUAAUACCAUAUUAUGAAAAUGUCUACAAAAAGGAGAGUUCAAUGUCAAAGGCAAUAAACUUUAAGAUUUGCUGUUUUGAUCCCUAUGCUUAUUACUUUUUAAUAACAAAAGAAUCGAUAGCUAUCAUUGGAGAUGCCAUUAAUAUCAAUAUUAAACAAUGUUCUGACUUUGCACAGAGUCAAAGUUUUAAGAAUCAUCUAGUGAAGAAAGGUCUAUCACCAGAGAUUAACGCGGAGGAACUGGAAAACUAUUUACUCAAAGAGUGUUCACCAGUGAAAGCUUGGAGCUACUUAAUUUUCGAUUCACUUAAUAUUAGGGUGGCUGUGCGUACCAAUAUUGCAGGUGGCCAGUGUAGACAGUUUGUCAAUCUUGGAGCGGGUCUGGAUACACGUGCACUCCGUUUGCCAUUUGGAAGCGAUUCAACUGUGUGGGAGGUAGACUUUGCACCGGUGCUCAAUUUCAAAAAAAAAGUAUUGGAGCAAGCCAAGGAGGUGAUUCCACCUCUGUCAAAAGCAAGGAAUGUUUAUAUUAGAAGCGAUGUUCUCAAAGUAGACUAUUGGAUCGACAAGUUGAUUGCCAGUGGAUUUCAACAAGAUAAGCCAACGUUCUGGUUGAUGGAAGGUUUAAUUAUGUAUUUCACCGAGCAAGAGAUUGAAUACCUGCUAAGUAGAAUAUCGGCAAUCUCUGCAAGUGGAUCUUCGCUAUUCAUUCAAACACUAUGUCCAAAAGUAGAUAAAGAUCAAACCAAUGUCUAUGCAUUCCCACUACGUGAUGAAUUUAAAUCCUAUACCAAUACACCAGCCACCUACUUUACUAAUAGUGGAUUCACCAAUGAGUUAAUCACCAAAAGCGAGGAGGAACUAAAAGAUCUAUUUCAAUAUGUAAAUCAAAUAGACAUUGCUGAAACCAAUACACUGUACACAAUUGGUUAUAAACCUUAA